AUGUAUUCGUGUAUUGUUGGGAGCAGCAAGCGUUUUGGUGAACUCUGGGUCACAGCACAGCCUGACGAAUGGCAGGAAGUUCAGGACUUGGGCCUGACAUUUGCUGCACAAAGACCCUAUAGCCCAGCCAGUGCACACUCUGCGGCGCAGACCUGCUUGCCAGCGGUGCGGAAGGCUGGCCCGCCCGCAGUUGCAACACUACGCGCCGCAGCCCGGAGGCCUCGAAAGAUCCUUAGCGAACAAGGAGGCUGGGGGUCGCCUCCUCCGGACUGGGGCGUGCGAGGGUCCUGGUGGUGCCGGGGGUCACCACCCGCGGGGGUCCCUCCGCCCUCCCUGCGGGCGCCACCUGUGCGCCGGGGCUGGCUGACCAGCGGGGCGGGCGGGGGAGCCCCCCAGACGCCCCAGGCGCACACUCACACACACACAUACACACACACUCACAACCCCGCCCGCCCGGGGGCCGCUCGCCCGGAGCCCGCGGCCGGCCCGCGCUCCCCCGCCCGCCGCGCUCCAGGGCGGAGUUUCCUCCGCUGCUCAUUGUUCCCGGUCCAGCGCCCGCCCCGCCCCGCCCCGCCCCGCCCGGCCCCUCCGCAGCCUCCCGCGCGCUCCUGGGGUAGGAGAGGGGGCGGGGGCCGGCGCGGACGGGACGGGAGUCGCUGCAGCCGCCGGCCGGGCCCAGCCGCGCAGACACCGCCCGCGACGCAGCCACCCGCCGCUUCUCCGCCGUCUGGCGCCGCGCCUCAGCCCAGCUCUGCCGCAGCGGCCGCGAGGAGGGGCCGCUGGAGCGCGACUCGGGAAGCCGGGGUCACCGCCCGGCCGCCGAAGCCACAGCCCGGCCUCCCUGAGCGGCGCCCACGCUCUCGCCGUUCGGACGCUCGGACCCGCAGCCACCUGCUCCCGGCCGGAGGCCAGGACACCAUGCGCUCCGCGCUGGCGCUCUCGGCGCUGCUGCUGCUGCUGCUGCCGCCGCGGUCAUUCUCCGAGGGAGGAUUAUCUAACACCAAAGAAGCUACAACCGCCAGAACAAAGACAACCGCCGGAACAAAGACAACCGCCGGAACAACGACAGCAGCUGGAACAGCGACAGCCGCUGGAACAGCCACAACCGCAGCUCAGCCCCUUGUAGCACCGGCAGCCGGUAUCGAAGGGGAGACUCAGGUGAACGAUCCUGGAUCAGGCACAGCCGCAGCAACCACUGCGCAAGCGACGAAGGCCGCCGCCACCAGCGGACGAUCCCUAACAGCACCCAGCGGCUCAGGGACGACCACAGCCACAACGCCAACCUCCGCGGACAAGGAUGCGAAGGCCUCCAGCAACCCCACUGUAGCUAGUGAUGGCUCAGAGGAUGGCCAAGGUUUAGACAAGACGACAGUCUCCUCAAUCACUCACCCCGUGAAGCCCGAAGCCACCGGCAGCCCGGCAGCCGGAGCGGGAGCCGGGGAGGCCCACGGUGGUCCCGCCAGCAGCACGACCCCUGGGGGCGGGAAACCGGCUGCUGCUACGCCUGCAGACGCGCCCAGCACCUCCAGCCCCGCUUCUUCUCUUCCUGCCAGCGCCGCCCCAACAAGCCCUCACCAAGCAAGUACAAGCCCUGGUCCUUCGAAGCCUCCGGUGAGCCCUUCCGACAAAAUUCCCACGGCAGCUCCCAGUAGUUCAGGCACGAAGGUGGGCCCCAGCUCCACAUCUCGGGGGACACUUCCCACAGCAACAUCACUGGGUCCCUUACAAGGAGAUCUGCAGAAAUCCAGCGUGAUGCCAGCUGUCACUGGGACCUCUUCGUCCAUCACUGGGACCUCUUCCUCCACCACUGGGAUCCCUUCUUUGGAGACUUCGCAUCCUGCAGGCCCUUCAUCAGGACCUGUGGCCACGUCUCCUGUCGAAGGAUCCAGAAGCCCCAGCACCCAGUUGACUUCAGUUGCCCCCCGAGUCCCCAGCGUGCCUCCUUCCUCGGCUCAUGUGGAUGACAGGAUAAAGUGCGAAUCUCCCGGAGGGCUAACUGACAAGAUGCUCAUCCUGAACUUGACGAAAAGGAGCCUCUGUGCGGGGAACAGCAGUUCGGAUGACAAACUGGUCACACUUCUGUGCCGAGCAGCAAAAGCCACCUUCAACCCAGCUCAAGACACGUGUCAUAUACUGCUGGUACCUGUUCAAGACUCCCAGGCAGUGGCGAUCAAAGAAAUCACGGUGCAGACCAACCUCCUGCCCGGAGACGUGUAUGAAUCGCUGAAAGACAAAUGGGAUGAGCUGAAAGAGGUGGGAGUCAGUAACAUGAAGCUUGGGGACCAAGGGCCCCCCGAAGAGACCGAGGACCGGUUCAGCAUGCCUCUCAUCAUCACCAUUGUCUGCAUGGCGUCCUUCCUGCUCCUGGUCGCCGCCCUCUAUGGCUGCUGCCACCAGCGCCUCUCCCAGAGGAAGGACCAGCAACGGCUAACAGAGGAGCUGCAGACAGUGGAGAAUGGUUACCAUGACAAUCCUACGCUGGAAGUGAUGGAGACCUCAUCCGAGAUGCAGGAGAAAAAGGUGGUCAACCUUAAUGGCGAGCUGGGGGACAGCUGGAUCGUCCCUCUGGACAACCUGGCCAAGGAUGACCUUGACGAGGAGGAAGACACGCACCUCUAGUCAGGUCCGCGGGCAGCCUCCAACAGGACCACAGCGCUCCAGAAUGAACCACCUCAAGUGCCAUUUGGACAGGGGAGGAACAUCCUUCCCAGCUGAGGGAAAGGUGGGGGAGGGAAGCAGACUCGGAGGGCCCCUCCUCCCAAUCCCCACGGGGCCUUAAUUUUCCCUUUUCAAACUGAACCAAUCACAUUCUGUCUAGAUUCCUCUUGUAAAAUAACCCACUAGUGCCUGAGCUCAGUGCUGCUGGAAGACGAGAGGGAGGCGCACCCACGUGGUCAUCCGGUAGAAUCCCUUCAGCUCACAUCCGAGGGGACAGAGGCCUGAUGGAAACACAGAUCCCCGAUUCGGUGUGGCGGCUUUCCCGCCACGCCCCACCGCUGCCGUCGCUCGCGCCUCCCCUCAGAGCUGCUCCCAGUGGGGUGAAGCUCGCCGUUGAUGUGACAAUGGAUGGGACGGAAGGGACAACAGGGCCAGAUCCUGUCUCCGGGGCAUCUGAUUCCUUCCAAGUACAGGCCCCCAGCCUCGCCUGCCAGUGUGUCCGUCCCCUUUGUGCUUGCCCCGCCCCCCACACAGUUUGUAGCCCCGCUCUGUCCUAGGGCCUCUGGGACUCACACCGUCGCUUCGUGGCUUCAAAGCCCUUGCUCCAGAUUCUGGCUUCCUUGCAUUUGCUUAGGGACCUUGAGACUUAACCCACACAAGACUCCAGUGUGAACGAGGUCUGCUUCAGGGAUCCUUCUGCAGGUGAAGAGAAAAGAGGAGGCCCUUCACCCCCAGGAUGGGUCCUGGCCCAUCACCAGGGCAGGAACUCCGUUGGCCUCCCACUCCCACCGGGGACUGGAAUCUGCAGCAGCUAUGAAGAAGUGUUUCUGUCGUUCAUUGCUCGGUCGGUGGGGUGAGGCCCAAGUUCGGAGAUCCCCCUGAGAUCCAGCAAGAGAGAACCACAGCUGUAGGGCAGACGUUCCCAGGGCCCAGUCCACAGAGUGGUGUUUCACCGGACAAUCGAUCGACACGGUUAGGAAGGAUAGGCUUUACUCUCUGUUCCAGAGGAAACUCAGGGACUUUUCAAGUUGCUGAGAGUUUUGUUGUAUUUGUUUGUUUUUUGUCCAGCCCUCUACUGCCACAAGCCAAAGCUCCAACUGCUGGGAGACCUUUCAGUUAACUAAUCUUAUUGACUCCUGGUUCUCCUGUGCUGUAGGGCUAGAAAGGCCUAGAAAGUGCGAUGCAUUUUAAGGUGCUCAGGAGCAGCCUGGGGGUGCCUGUGGGGUUCCCAGUGACCUCUCACUGUUGGGGCAUGCAGCUGGGCCUUGCCGUGUCCCCUCCUCUGUGUUCUUAGCAGCCUGCCUGCUUCUGCAGUUUCUGGUGGCAUCUCAGGGAAACAGUACCGGGAAGGGGUUUUGAGGGAGCUUAGCCAUUAGUUCCCAAGCGAAGGCACCUGAGGACUGGACAGAGUGGGGUUCAAUCCAAUUUUCUGGGAAGCCCAAAUCCCAGAUUUUGUGCAACAUUGCCCACGGUCUCUCUUGCCCCUGGGUGUAAAUCUCCUGGCAUGAAUGAGGAGGAUGGGCAGAACUGCUGUCCCUCCCUGGCUGCCUUGAUUCCUUAUUCAUUCAUGGCCGUUGCCCUUUGAUAUCCUAGGGUUCUGGAGCGCAGAGCCUCCAGUGAGUUUCCCAAGAGCUAGAGAGAUGGUGGACUUACAAGGAUCCACAAGUCCUUGCCCUGAUUCUCUAGCGUCUGGAGGUUGGCAGGGUAGAGAACAAUGCUAGCUUGGGAGGGAAAAAAGGAAAUCUUGUUAUACUGGAAGAGCUCUGUUUGCUUCCUUCCUGCCCAGCAUUUGAUUCUUUCCACCCUGUGGGUUUCUGUGGAAGAGGCCAGACUGGAUUACCACUCCUUUGCUGAUUCUGGGUCACAUUUUAUCAGCCAGGCCUUCGGACAGAGGCAGCAAGUACACCCCCAUAAACUGAUCGAAGGCUCAAGCCCCACAGCCUCUUGGGCAGAGAGAUGAUGACCGGCAAGGACUAGCGUAAAAUCACACUUGGUCAAGAGGAAUGACUGUGGUGGCUCCGUCCAAGGAGAACCUUGGGAAGCUUUGGGCUGGUUCAGAUGCUCCUUCUGGUGCAUCCAAGCUGGGUGGCUCCAGCCUUUGAGGGCAACUUCAGAAUCCAGUACCUUGCCUUGGCUUGCUCUUGCCACUAGACAUCUGUGUCAAGGACAUACAGCCAAGCAUCUGCAGAGGUCACCUUCAUCCCACGACUGCACUGGGAUCAGUGCUGUCUGGUAAGUCAGAGUUUGGGGCUGAGAAGAAAGAAGAGGAACACCAGGAACUCGGCAGGACUUCCAACAAGUUGUGCCAAAGAGAGAUUAUCAACUUGGGAUCAGGGGCAGACUGGCUUCCCUAAGCUGCAUAAAAGGCCAGAAAUCAGGAGUCUGAUGACUGGAUGGAAACCCAGUGGGAAAGCACGCUGUUCUGUGAAUGGGGAGGGCAGCAGUAGUGCUUAUGAAGGAGGUACAGAAUAGGCUUUGCAUCGUAGGACAGAAUACGGGUUUAAUCUAGUCUAGAUGCCAGAUUCUCUUUUUCCCUUGUUAUAAGGAAAGCUAGCAGGAAGUUUAUUUAAACCACUUCUUGAGCUUUAACCUUUUUUUGACAAUAUACUGAAGAAACUUUGGAAAACAAGUCCAAGCUGAUACAUACAUACAUAGUUCUUAAUAAUGUAAAUACCACAGCCACAUGGUAAUCUACCCAGCACUGCUUUAAGCGAAUAUACACUGUAAAAACAUUUGCUAGUUGAGGUGGCUUUUUUUUUUCUCUGAACAGGAAUGUAAAUGUAAAUGUCUAUUUCACUAGAAAUGACAAGUUUUUGUUUGUUUUUCUCCUACGAAAAGUGAAAUAUAAGACAAGCUGAUGACAGAGUAUUUGUCUUAGAGAUCAGGCAUUUUUAUUUUUAAAUGCGAUCCUCAAUCCCCCUCCCCAGCUAAGUCCUAGCCUAUUACAGGAAGGCUUGGAGACACUCUAGUCCUAGGGAGAGGCUUUUAGAGACCUAGUCCAAUCUUUGUUUUGUUCUUAUAGAAAAAGAAACUGAAGCCCAGAAAGACAGAAGUGGCUUGGCCAAAAUCACAUGGUUAGUGAGAGAGAGGAUUAAAACACCAGUGCUGUGGGCCUCAGAAUGAAUCCGUAAAUUAAGAACAGGCACCAGGACGACACAAAGGACAGAAUUCCCUUCUCAAAUCAUGUCCUGCUGCAAGGCUAGGGAGAGCCCGAGGACCACAAUAGGAACCAUACCGGUCUACGCUUGCUCGGAGUUAUUCAGGUCUAAGACUUACAUGACUGAUAUUUUACUGUCAAGAAACAGUUUUGAAUGAGCUUUUACAUACAGAUCUUCUCCUAGCAGGGCUGUGGAUCAAAGGAAACAAGCUCCAGGAAGGCAGAGGGGGCAAGAGUAAAGCAAUGACUUCUCUUUUAUCACUGUCACAAGCUGAUCGGCUCAGGUUUGGUGAAAACCCAGCACUGAGUGGAAGGGAGGGGAGGACGAUUUGAUGUGUGUCUUUUUUGUUAGUAGUGAAUGUUAGUUUGCCCAGGCGACUGCAGGAGCGUGUGUCUUCGCGGACAGGGGUCUGAAGUACACUGGAAUUCACUGGGAAACUUGUUUGUAAAGACUAUACUUAAUUAUUGCCAUUUUCUUACAAAACUAUAUUUUGGAGAACUGUAUACUGUCAAUUAAAGUGCUUUUGUGUAAGCUGGCUCAAGCCCCGUUGAACUUGA